UGGGUUGAGGCUGCUGCUGGUGGUGGGUCGAGGCGGCUGCUGCUUGGUCGGAGGUUGAUGGUGGUUGCUCGAGGCCGCCGGUGUUAGCUGGUGGUGUUUGUGGGUGUACUUGGUGGUGGUGCAUGUUCGAGGGUGUUGUUGAACCGAGCCCAAGCACGCACUCUAGCUUCAAUCUUUGUCUUUCUCACUCUCAAAUUAGGGUGUGCACAUAUCAUGGAUCCUGAUGAGAACCUUCAUUCUGAUGAGGAUAUAGAUGAUGAUUCUGGGGACGAGUUGUAUGAUGUUAAUAAGGAGACGGAUAUGGGGGAACCGGAAGACCAAGCUUAUGACCAGUUCCAACAUAAGCUUGAUGAAUUUGAGCGUAUAGCUGAAACUGCCCCACCUAUUAAUGAUAAUGUAGUUAGCGAAUUUGUAGGUGAUUCACAUUGUGAAACUCAAAUGCAAAGGCAAGUGAAAAAAACCGGUGGUGGAGGAGGGGUAAAGCCACCGGUGAAUAGAAAGAGCAGGGGUGCAACUAAAGCUUUCAAGAAACCCGGCGUUCCUAUGGUGCUUGAGUUUGAUGAGUUAGGUCAACCUACUGGCCAAUGGCGCGACAAAUUUUCUAGUCAAGUUGGCAUUCUAACUCGUAAAAUACCAAUCACACUUGAGUUUGCCGAGAUACCUCACGGGUUGCUUCAAACAUUUUAG